GCCAGUUUUCGCACUUGAGUAUCUCACACCCAAUAAGAAUAAGUAACCGCUCUGGUACUCAAUACAACGUCCUUUCGUUUGCAAGCACUCUCGACUGUAUGGAAGAGUCGUCCUAGCCGCAUUGGUAAUUAUGGUCCACAUCAAUGACAAGAAGUUUGCCUGCGAGUCCUGUAUCAAAGGACAUCGUUCCUCCUCUUGUCAUCACUCUGAACGGCCGCUGUUCGAAGUAAAGAAGAAAGGGCGCCCAGUAUCGCAGUGUACAACAUGCCGCGAACUGCGUCACUCAAAGCGAUUCCACUCAAAGUGCACCUGUAACCCUAGGGAGGUAGUCGACAAGAUUCCUAUACCAGCAGCUCGCCCAGACAAGAAGCCGAAGCGCUUUAUGCCAGCAUCAACUUCGUCUUCCUUGCGGCCUGCAAAUGCAAGACAGACAGUUGAUUCACUGCUAAACCCUUGCCAUUGCAACUAUGUUUGGCAGUGCCGUUGCCGAUCCGUGCCUCCCACGGGUUCCCCGGCACCUGCGACUGAAUCAUCUCCCAACGGUCUAGCCAUACUCGCCAAAGCAGCUGCUAUGUUCCAUGACGAUAUCGUGUCAUAUCCAACAACCCAAUGCCCUGAGGAAUCUACAGUAUCUUCAAAGUCGUGCUGUAGCAAAGAUGCUCGUCCUACCGAAGUCAACACAAUUAUUCCCUCGACUCGUUUUGAUCUUCCCCCCGUUCAUAUUUACACUCCUGUGUUAACGACAUCCUCGUCUUCAAUGACAGUGCCCGAUUUCCCCGUAAUCCCUCCCUUCAGCGCUUUCAAGUCCAUCGCUGGGUCUGGGUGCACUUGUGGACUUCGGUGCUCUUGUCCAGGCUGCAAGGAGCAUCGUGGGCCUGUUCACGCUUCGAAAGAUUGUGCUGAUGGGUGUACACAUUGCGUCGACCACUCAGCAGGUGUUGAGCUACCAACUCUAGAACAGGGUGCUGGCGGAAACAGCAUGGUUGAUCAAUUCUUCGCUCGGGCUGCAUCCCUUCCCAUUCCUCCAGUCAAUCGUAAAGUCGGGGUUGAGUUUGAUCCAACAGACGUUACAAUCUAUCCUGUUGACCUUUUCACGGAGGAACGAGGCGCGGCAUUCGGACUAGUGACCGUGCCGAAGCUUGAGUGCUGUGGGGGACGGUGUGGUUGUCCAUACGGUGGUUGCGGAUGUGGACAAUCUUGUGACGGUUGUCCUGAUGGCCAACUUAUUCAAGGUCGACCGGAGCCUGUUUGUUGACGCCGGAAGCGGGGAUUCGCCCGCGUGUAUUUUUUGUGUGCAUUGGAUUUUUGGGUGUAUGAUACAAGUUCUAGUCACAUUGAAAUUUUGAUCUCCUGCUUAAUACCAUCAUAGCAGGACCCCGGAUAACACCUAUCGGUGCUUACAACGUCCUGACAAAAUAAACCGAAU